GGGGCGGGGACCCGCAGCGCAAGGUGCGGAGGCGGCCGGGAGGGGCGGCUCUGCUUCCCGUCGCCGCUCAGGCGUUGGUCCCCGAGAGCGCGGCGGGCGGCGCGGCCGCGCUGGGCCGGGAAAGGCCGGGCCGGACUGGGGGGGCGCGGGAGUGCCAUGCGGGGGGGCCCGGCCGCCCCCUUCCCACCGUGGCCGAAGCCGGUGCUGCUGCUGCUGCUGCUGCUGCUAUUGUUGCUGUUCAGCCGGACUCGGCCCCAGGGCAGCCCGGGGCCACUGCAGUGCUAUGGAUUUGGACCCUUGGGGGACCUGAACUGCUCCUGGGAGCCGCAUGGGGACCUGGGAGCCCCCUCCGUGCUGUAUGUCCAGAGCCAGAAGUACCAUUCCAACAAAACCUGGACCGUGGCGGUGCCCACCGGCCAGAACUGGGUGACCAUCCCACGGGAACAGCUCACCACGUCUGACGAACUCCUUGUCUGGGUGGCCAAGGCCAGCCAGCUUCUCUGGCCCCCAGUCUUUGUGAACCUUGAAACCCGAAUGAAGCCAGAUGCCCCCCACCUAUACCCUGACGUGGACUUCUCAGAAGAUGACCCCCUGGAGGCCAUUAUCCAGUGGGCCCCUCCUACAUGGCCACCCCAUAAGGUCUUGGUCUGCCAGUUUUACUACCGAAGGUGCCAGGAGUCCUGGGUGCUGCUGGAACCGGAAGUGAAGUCUAUACCUCUGAUGCCCAUUGAGAUCCAGGACCUGGAACUGGCCAUUGGCUACGAGAUGUUUGGCCGCUGCCACGUGGACAAAGAGGAGGACCUUUGGAGCGAGUGGAGCCCCAUUCUACCCUUCCAGACACCACCCUCUGCUCCAAAAGACGUGUGGAUCAUGGGGAACAUCUGUGGGGCACCGGGUAGACAGGAACCCCUGCUUCUGUGGAAGGCUUCAGGGCUCUGCAUGCAGGUGACCUACAGAGUCUGGAUCCAGGUUAAAGAUCAGGAGGUGAUCCAGGAGGAGACCCCCUACUGCAACUUCUCCGUCCCCACCCAAGCGGAGUGGGUAGGGGUGUCUGCCGUGAAUGCCACAAGCUGGGAGUCUCCUACCAACCUCUCUUUGACCUGCUUGGGUCCAGACUUUGCCCCCCAUGGCGUGGUGGUCAAGAGCAUCUCUGGAAACACAGAGCUCCUGGUGACUUGGCAACAGGAGCCUGGGGAGCUGCAGGAGCACGUGGUGGACUGGAUCCGAGACGGCGACCCCUCGGAGGACCUCAAUUGGGUCCGGCUUCCUCCUGGGAACCGCAGUGCAGUGUUGCCAGUGGAUUUCAAGGAAGGGGUCCCUUACCGAAUCACAGUGACGGCGAUCUCUCCUUGGGGCUUGGCCCCGGCCCCCUCCGUCUGGAAGUUCAGAGAGGAGCUAGUACCGUUAUCGGGGCCAGUGGUUUGGCGAAUCCAGGAUUCCCCCUCAGGGAUCCCUGCUGUAGCGUGGGAAGAGGUCCCAAGGCAGCAACUUCGGGGCCAUCUCACCCACUACACCCUGUGCACACAGAGUGGAACCAGGCCUUCUGUCUGCAAGAACGUGACUGGCAGCACCCGAACCAUCACCCUGCCUGACCUUCACUGGGGUCCCUGCAAGCUGUGGAUGACUGCCUCCACCAUCGCAGGACAGGGCCCACCUGGUCCAAGCCUCCAGUUUCACCUACCAGAUAACACCCUGAAUUGGAAGGUUCUGUCAGUUGUCUGUCUGCUGUGGGGUUUGCUCCUGACCGGCUGUGGUGUGAGCCUGGCCACCUGUGGCAGGUGUGUCCACCUGCGGCACAAGGUACUGCCCCACUGGGUCUGGGAGAAGAUUCCUGACCCUGCCAAUAGCAACUUCAGCCUGCCGCACGUGAAGGAGGUGCCCCAGGCCCAGCCCCCUAGUGACUCACCCAUCCUGGAAGUGGAGGAAAUAGAGCAGGUUCCAGUUAAGGAGCCCUCCCAGCCCUUGGCACCACUGGACUCUGGGUAUGAGAAACACUUCCUGCCCACACCUGAGGAGCUGGGCCUUCUGGGCCCCACUGCAGGCUCCAGGCUACGGCCUGAACCGACCUCAGGAGAGGAGAGGGGAGCUCCUUUGACAGAUGAAGACAUAGAGGCUCAGAGCUGAGUCACUUGCCUGAGGACACCCAGCCAAGGAAGAGCUGAGACUAAAGGACCCCUACAGAGAAGGGCCUGGCCCUAUAGGGAAAAUGUGGAUGGAUGGGGGAGCAAAGGAAAAAUAUGUGAUAUCCAGAGUGGCAGCUACUCCCCAGAUCUGUCCUGCUCCUAUAACAGAACUGUAGUCGGAUGCACUCCCAGCCUCCCUUGCAGCUAGGUGUAAUGCCGGACUGAGUUCUCACUGGUGAAACAUAAGCAGAGGUGAUGUGCCAACGCUGGGUCUGGGUGGGGGCUCUUCCACAUUGCCUUCCCUUUCCCAUGAGCUGGAGCAUUGAUACACCCUGUGAUACAGCUUUGACCACACCCAAGAUGAAGGUAGAGCAAGAAACAAAACGAGAGUUUCCAAGUGAUCCCAUAGAAGUGUCCAAAGAAAUAAAUUUUUUUCACUUUUGAUAGC